CUGGGUAUAGGCUAUUGUUGUUCAUUCAAUGGAUAUUCGUAUUGUGUCCACAUUUCAGCUAUUGACAAGAACCUGAAUGAAAAUAAUAAUACGUUUAAAAUGAAUAACGUAAUGAAUAUUCAUGAAUCUGUACUAGAUGCCCCACAACGAAUCUACACUCACUUGAAGAAGACACCUUUGGAGUUUUCAGACCAACUCAGUGACAUUACCAAUGCUAGGGUUUUCCUAAAGUUAGAGUUUGAGCAAAUAACACACUCCUUUAAAGCCAGGGGCGCUUUUAAUAAAAUAAUCAAACUGGUAGAAAGUGGACAAGAAGCAAGACUGAAAAAAACAGGUUUGAUUAUAACAUCUACUGGUAAUGCAGGCAUUGCGUAUGUAAGUUGGGUUACCAUUUAGUAAGGUGAGGUUUAUAAACAGAACAUUUAUAUAAGAG